AUGGAUACAGAACAAAGUGAAAAUGUAAAGAAAAAGGAAUAUGAAAAAACAUAUUGGGAAAUAUUGGGGAGCCCUAAGUAUGUUUUAGCACCUAUGGUUGAUUUAAGUGAAUUACCUUUUCGAUUACUAUGCCGAAAUUAUAAUUGUGAUCUUGCAUUUACCCCUAUGUUGCAUUCCAAAAAUUUUGUUGAACAUAGUAAAUAUAGAAUAGGGUAUUUUAAAAAAUGUGAUCAAGAUAAACCAUUAAUAGCUCAAUUUUGUGGAAAUGAUCCAUCAAUAAUUUUAAAAGCCAUUGAUUAUGUUAAAGAUGAAGUAAAUGGUGUUGACAUAAAUUUAGGUUGCCCUCAGCAAAUAGCAAAAAAAGGAAACUAUGGAGCAUUUUUAUUACAUAAACAUGAUGAAGUGGUUAGUUUAAUAUCUGAUAUUACAAAUAAUUGUAAUGUUCCUAUUAGUUGUAAAAUACGAAAAAUAGAUAAUGAUUAUCAAAAAACUUUAAAUUUAUGUUACGAUUUACAAAGUCGGAAUGUUAAAAUGAUUACUGUACAUGGGAGAACAAAAGAAGAAAAAGGUGUAAAUAUUAAAGAGUGUGAUUAUGAAAUUAUAAAAAUAAUUAAAGAACGAUUAAAUAUUCCUAUAAUAGCUAAUGGUUCUAUUGAAAAUUUUGAAGACAUAGAAAAAUGUUUAAAUUAUACAAAAACAGAUGCAGUAAUGUGUGCAGAAAUAAUGCUAGAAAAGCCGAGUUUUUUUUCAAAUAAAAAUAUUAAUACUAUAGAUUUAGUUAAUGAAUAUUAUGAUUUAUUUUUAAAAUAUGAAACAAAUACAAAAUAUUUGAAGAGUCAUUUAUUUAAAAUGUUAUAUAAAUAUUUUACUGUACAUACUGAUUUACGAGAUUUAUUAAAUAAUUGUCAUACAAUAAAUGAUUAUUUAAAUUUUAGAGAUUUGUUAAACCAAAAAAGAAACGAAAAUUCUUUAGUUGAAUCGGCUCAUAGUUGGUAUAGAAGAUACAGAAAAAAUUAA